GAAUCUCAAUCGGAUCUUCCAUCCCUUCCCUUCGAUCCUCGCGAGAAAAAUGAGUGCGCUGGCAGUGGUUGGCUGUUGUUGGCUGUGGCUCGUCAAUGACACAGAAACACAGAAACCCAAGGCGAUUGAUUAGGCAGCUGUGGAUGGCAAGUCUUAAUAGGAUUGUUGGAUAGCAUAUUUGAGAGGCCGACCAGUUCAACAUGAAUGGUUUUCGUCGAUCAGGGACCAGUGGGCGCCGUCGAUUGUUGCCGAGAGAUGGAGUAGUAUUAUUGCCACAAAGGCCCAAGGCGCCGUUGCCGAUGAGAAGCCACUCUUCUACGGCAACAGUUGUCUUUCCAAGGAGAGUCCCUGCUGCAUCGGUCGAAAGCAACCAACAACAACGGAGAUUUUCUGCGUCCUUUCCUGCUGCGAAUGCUGCUGAUGCUCAGACGUUGCUGUCUGUCCCCGAAGCAAAGGCGAGGACUCAAGCCAUGGAAGAUCCAGAGUUCCACAUUGCUGGAAGCUUAUCGGAUUUUGGUUGGCAGGAAAUGGCUCACUUGAUCAAGUCUUGGUCACAGCACAAGACCGAAGAGAGUGUGGGCUUGUCGUUUGCUCUGCUGGAACGGCUUCUCGUGGAACAAGAAGUGCUGAUGCAAAAUCCAAGUGUGCUAGCUGCCACUAAUCCUGGCGAGAACCAGCCAGUAGCACAACCACUGAUGAUGAGUGAUGAAGAACGACGAGAAAAACAAAUGCUGUCACGAGAGUUGCUGAAUACAGGGCUACUCAAUGAGGUCGUGAACAAUUGGAGAAAUGCCUGGAAAACACAAAACACGAAAAUAUCACCCAGGCGCAUUCUUCCACAACUAGAAGGGUACAUCGACCGAUCCCCAUCACUUCACCCCGACACCAAAACCUACAACAUGGUCAUGGACGCCGUCACGAAACGAUUCAGCAAAAAGACGGCCGAGCAGUUGGCAGGAGAAAUCUUCCACCGAAUGACCAACACUACCCCACAUUCCUUGUCGGAUCCAUCCUUUCAAUGGACGCCGACUCCAACCAUCAAUGGAAAACUACGAUGCCUAAACGACAUUUCUCCCGAUGGCUACACCUAUUCCACAAUCAUCAAAGUCUACACGUACUCGCAAAAUCCAAAAGCAGCCGAAGAAAUCUUGAGUCGCCUGCACAAGGAUUACAUUGAUGGGAAAUCGACAUUACAACCCAACGCGCGCAUGUUUACAGCCUGUAUCAAUGCAUGGGCUCAUUCCCAGGCGCCGGAUGCUCCCGAAAAAGCCGAGUCUCUUGUACGGGUGAUGCAACUAUUGGACGAGGAACAAGAAUUAGACGAUAUCAAACCGACCGUGUUCACCUUGAAUGCCUUGCUCAACUGCUGGGCAAAGUGUGGACGCCCUGACGUAGGAGAAUACGCCGAAAGGAUACUGAGGGAAAUGCCGACUGUCUAUGGUGUGACACCCGAUUUGGUGUCGUACAAGACAGUGUUGCACCUGGUGACCAACGUUGCACCCAAUGUCGAAAUUGCCGAGGCAGUCUUUCAUCGAAUGCAGUCAUCAUCAUACCCGCGAUACAUUGAUCACGAGACGUAUCAGUUAAUGUUGAGGGCACUACAUGAAAAUGCAAGCAAGAUACAUAACGUGGCAGAAAAAGUAGAAUGGUAUCUGAAACGAAUGAUAGAAGAAGGCAUACAACCCAAGACAACCACAAUUUAUAACCAUGUGCUAGGGGCAUUGGCGCAUUCCAAGUCGCCACAAGCUGGAGGACGUGCCUAUAGAAUAUUCAAACACAUGAGAGAACCUCCCGAGGGAAGAAACAUCAAGCCGACACAACCCAACAAGUUGACGUAUAAGUAUGUGAUGAUGGCCCUUGCCAGUACCGGCCAAGCCAAGUUGGCGGAACAAGUCUUCUGGCGCAUGUUUGGUGAUUAUCGAAGGGGAAACAAAAAGGCCAAACCAACUCGAACGACACUGAACUUGGUUGUGUCCGCCUGGGCUGCAACUACCAAGAUAUCAGACGAGGAACGAGUCAAGUCGAUUCUGUCGCUUCUUCGUCGGGUGGUUAGUCUCAACGAAAACGCCGUCCAGCCCGACGUAACAACAGCAAACACGUUCCUGCACUGUCUUUCCAAACUGAGCUCGGACGAAGCCCGGUUUCAGGCCGAACGGUGUCUUGAUGAGCUGGAGAAAGACUGGAAAGCAUCCAAAGAUGAGUCGGUUAAACCUGACAUAAUAUCUUAUUCCAGUGUUAUGAAGGCUCAUGCCAACGUGGGUGAUAUCAACAGGACAAGGGAAGUACUCCAUCGAUGUAUAGAGGAGUACCGAAAUGGGAAUGAAACAGCAAAGCCAGAUAUUAGAGCCUUUAACCAUGUGCUCCUGGCAAUUGCUCGAGGUGCAAGGGGUAGGAACUUGGGUGCUGGCAAGCUGGCAGAUGAUGUCUUCCAGCAAAUUCAUGAGUACCACCAGGCGGGCAUCAUUGACGAAUUACCCGACAAAACGAGCUACGACAUCACAAUGUCUUGUUGGGCGAACUCAGGAAGCAAACAUGCGGGAGAGGAAGCGGAGAAGAUUCUACACACCAUGGAAGAAAUGGCAUCGAAAGGUCGCCCAAAACUGGAACCAGAUACAGUCUCAUACAGCACGGCCUUGAUGGCACAUGCAAAGAACGCUGAUGUUAAAAAAGCAGAGGACCUUUUGAAGAAGAUGCUUGUGGGUUACGGAGAAGGAAACGAGAAACUGAAACCAAACCUGCAAACCAUAAAUACGUUCCUGUCCGCAGUAGCACAGUCACGGGAACCCGAUGCAGGAGAAAAGGCAGAAUCGUAUUUGCGGGAAAUGCUGGAAGCUAAUGACGUCUUGUCCGUCAAACCCGACGUGGUGACUUUCUCUAUUGUCAUCACAGCUUGGGCCAAUUCAGGAGAUCCCAGGGCAGCAGAGCGGGCAAAGUCAAUCUACCGAGAAAUCGAGCUUCUGUCGCUGAAACAGGAAUGUGAUCUCAAAUUGGACAACGGGUUUUAUCAAUCUAUGCUUCGGGCAUUCGCAGUCACAGGUGAUGUCGAGGCAGCGGAAUCUCUUUUGGAAAUGAUUCGUCAUACCGAUGAGGCAUCCAUCAGGCCAGAUCGGUACAUGUUCCAAGCUGUGUUGCAGGCAUACACCAGAAGCAACCAAGGCUUGGACCACGCCGACAAUGCUGACGCUUUAUUGCAGGAAAUGAAAGGCCGGUCAGUCGAGAACGGAGCAUUGUAUCCUGAUAGAGAAUGCUACCAUUGCGUCCUUGAAUGUUGGGCGAAUUCCAAGGAUCUAAGCAAGGCUGCAGAACGAUCGGAGGCUCUGCUGUUGGAGAUGGCAAGGAACCUACGCGCCAACACGAAACCUACUCCAUUGACUUACAGUCGGGUGCUGAAUACCAUGGCCCGGGCGGGUGACACCGAACGCACAAAGGCUCUUCUGAGAUGCAUGUACCAAAAACCAGGGAUGGAAUCCACCUUGGGAGCAGCCCUUCCCAUGUGAGAUGGUCUAUAGGUAUAGGUACCUGUCUUCACAGAUUUGGUUGUGGUUGGACCCUCUGAGGCCUAGGCGCGGGGUUGCUUGUGGGCUCUUUGUGAGCCGUCCAGCGCUGGUCGCUCUAGCCCGGUGGUGAUAGAUAGUCAGCACAAUCUUUUUCCAGCCCUUCUAAGGGUAUCUUGUCUUGUAAGGCUUUAUCAGGAAAGGGAUCAAUCCGCCAUUGCGCCAUUAUUGGCUUCCUCCUGUUUCACCGGGAUAGACUAGAUAUCAGAAACGGAAUAAUCGAAUAACCCCUUGCAUAGAAACUCUAUGCUGCGUCACGAUCCA